GCGAGAUCCACUGCGCCGGCGCGCAGGCACGAGCGGUCAAAGCGCCUUCUGGGGGCCAGGGAACUGUGCUCCUUCCCUCGGUCUGUCUUUUUCAAAGUGCCCUGAGUGAGGUUCAGAGAGGCCGCCACCUCCAAAGGAACGUCUUUCUGCAGCUCCGACGCUUCUCUGUGCCCCGCUACUCCGGCCCUUGCCCUUUGACCCCGUUCUCGCGGCGGGGUGAGAGGUCGGGUGGCCAUCUUGUGGCGGCGGCGCGGGCGACUGUUACUGCGGAGACCCAUCCCCUCCCCCUCUUGCACCCCUGGCCGUCUGUCAGUCGGUAAAGAGUCCCGCAGUCUGUCAAGUGAAGCCCCGGCCUCGUGCCGUCGCUCUUCCCGCCGCACUGGGCGGCCCAGGCCGCUCCCUGCUGGGCCUCACCGCCACCACCAUGUCUUCCUUCUCCGAAUCGGCGCUGGAGAAGAAGCUCUCGGAGCUAAGCAACUCUCAGCAGAGCGUGCAGACCCUAUCCCUGUGGCUCAUCCACCACCGCAAGCACGCGGGACCAAUAGUCUCCGUAUGGCACCGCGAACUCCGCAAAGCCAAAUCAAAUAGAAAGCUUACUUUUCUGUACUUAGCAAAUGAUGUCAUCCAAAACAGUAAAAGGAAAGGACCUGAAUUCACUAGAGAAUUUGAAUCUGUCCUUGUGGAUGCUUUUUCUCAUGUUGCCAGAGAGGCAGAUGAAGGCUGUAAAAAACCUUUAGAAAGAUUGCUGAACAUCUGGCAAGAAAGAAGUGUGUAUGGCGGCGAGUUCAUACAGCAGCUGAAGCUGUCUAUGGAGGACUCCAAGAGCCCUCCCCCCAAAGCCACAGAAGAGAAGAAGUCUCUGAAGCGAACAUUUCAGCAGAUACAAGAGGAGGAGGAUGACGACUACCCUGGAAGCUACUCUCCUCAAGAUCCUUCUGCAGGACCCCUCUUGACAGAGGAACUAAUCAAAGCUUUGCAGGAUCUGGAAAAUGCCGCAUCAGGGGAUGCUACUGUCCGGCAGAAAAUUGCUUCUCUGCCCCAGGAAGUACAAGAUGUUUCUCUGCUGGAAAAAAUAACAGACAAAGAGGCAGCUGAACGUCUUUCAAAAACAGUAGAUGAAGCAUGUCUGUUACUAGCAGAAUAUAAUGGGCGUCUGGCAGCAGAACUGGAAGACCGUCGCCAGCUGGCUCGGAUGUUGGUGGAGUAUACCCAGAAUCAGAAAGAUGUUUUGUCAGAAAAGGAGAAAAAGCUGGAAGAAUAUAAACAGAAGCUUGCACGAGUAACCCAGGUGCGCAAGGAACUAAAGUCCCAUAUUCAGAGCUUGCCAGACCUCUCGCUGCUGCCUAAUGUCACAGGGGGCUUGGCCCCCCUGCCCUCUGCUGGUGACCUGUUUUCAACUGACUAAGAUGAGUGUCGUGCCCCAGAUUUCCAUCUGUACCAGCAGAAAGAAGAAGGCAAGUCGUGGUUGGGAAUGACCUUCUAGUCCUUGGUUCUAUCCCUUCUUCCACCCACCCCCAGCCUCAAGAAAGAACCAGAGACUCUGAUUCUCCUCUCCGGCCUUUCAUCUUGAGCACAGUUCAGAACAGUGGCGAGUGGAAUCCGGUUUAGAUUCGUAUUUGCAAAGAAUACAAACUCUUUCUCCCACUUCAUGUUCCCACGCCCCAGCUGGUUUUCCAUUCUUAUAUCACUCUUUACACCUAAGAAGUUAUGAAAAUCAUGUAUACUUCUGGAAGCUUUUAAAAGACUCUUGUCCCUCAUGACAGCAUUUUGUCAUGAAAGUAGCACCUCCUUUUUGAGCUGGGCUUGUUCAAGUUCGAUAUGGGCUUCCACUGAGGGACUCGCUCUGGAGACAUUGGCUUUCCCAGCUGCCAUCUGCCCCAGAAGGUUGGAGGCACAGCUGUGGAGCAGCUUUGCCAUAAAGAGUUUGCCAAAUCUCUUUACGGUAAGAAGCCCUUACCGUUACUCCUACUAGCCAUGUGUAUUCAAAGGUCAGGUGCGUCUGUUUUGUAGAGUCUAGCAAUAAGAUUCAAAGCUCGUCUGGGACGUAAAGGCACAGUUCAGAGACAGAAUAGCAGGGAUCACGGGCAUGAAUCAGAAAUCAGUCAUUUGCUUCAAGUUCGUAUAUACAACCUUUCCAAGCUGCUCUUCUCAAGGGCCCCUCCCACUGUCAUAGAGCAGAUUCCUAAGAAUAGGAUGCCGUGGCCCCUGGGGGUUGCGAAGGCAGUUGUUAGGGGUGGCACUGGUGGGCCCCAAAAGAUAAAGGCCCCACACACAGGCGUGCUACAUCUGGGCUCUGCAUGGAUGUUGCUUUGACUCUCUUUUCUGGGAGUGGGGCACACACUAACAUUUAAUCCACUGUGUGGGUGCGUGUCUAUGGUAUGGUGACUAAACCUGAACAUCUCCUCUGCAAAUAGGACGCUGAGCGUGUCCGUCAGGUCACGCCACUGCACAGGUCCUCGUUCCCACACGAAGAGGAGUAUUUGCAUCAGAUGUUACUAAAUAGCUCAUCUUGGGCAGGAGAAGGGGGAAGUCGGGGAUAUUAAUUGGGGAUUUUAAUUCCAUUAUCAUGCCAGCUGACAUUAUGACUUUAUAAUGUAGAGAGAAUUUUUACCUUGCUUAUAAUAAAAGAUCGGCCUGCUAAUAUAAAUCAUUCUAAUGUGGCAGGCUUGUUUUUGACAUUGGAAAGGGCAGAAAACAAUUUGCCCAAUAGUAUAAUAGGAACGACAGCCCAGAGGCUGAAAUCCAAAAGCUAUAAAAAGGAAUUCAGUGGAGGGGGCGUCAGAAUCUCCAUUAAUUUGAAUUGCUGUUUCCAGGAUCACCAAAAAUCUCCUGUAAUUUUACAUGUUAAACAUGUUAAAACAUAAUCUAUGUUUUAUAAAGUAUAACAGGCUUUCCUUCAAGAAGCUGCCCUGCCCAUCAUGACAUGAGAACAAUGAAAAGUCAGGGCAGGUAUUCAGUUGAACUCUGUGUAGAGCCUAGUAGUGUUUAAGCUGUGUUUCAGGUUUGGAUACAGACUGUGUGUUGUUCACUUAUGACACUGCCUGUUGUUCUUUCACUGUUAAAUUAAUGAAUCUAUGAGGUUUUUCUUCCAGAGGCCACAGGUGUCAUUACUAAAAUUGCAAGGUAAAUUUUAAUCUUUGCUGCUUCUGCACAUACGCCCCCUCCCCCGUAUGGUGUGCUGCUUUGGUCCUGCAUAUAUGAACUUGUUUCUGAACAGACCCAUCUGGGACACUCUUUGCUUUCCCCGAGGAAGCAAGAUUUUACCAGCCACAAACCAGACAAAAGGGUAUAGUAGAAAUUUGCCCUAAUCAGCUCGAUGAAAGUAUCUGUUUUACCCAACCAAGUCUUUGACCAGCAACCGGUGCAUAAUUAUUACAGCAAGAGCAAGAAGUGAAACGGUAGCAAUUAUGUAAAUGAAUGUGUUGGCCUCUUAACACCUGUUACUAGUGGACUUCCUGUGAGGAAGUUAGUUUUGUUUUAAUGAAUGCUUUUGUUUUUUAAAUCUUAAUUCUUCCUACAUCCUCCCAGAGUGUGCUUACUUCAUUUGUUUAAUUUAAAUGACCCUUUCUCCUUGUAUGUAUAAGGUGAUCUAGCAGGGUGGGGUGGGUGGUUUUUGUUUUUGUGUUUUUUCUUCUUAGGGCAUCUGUAGGCCUCAAAGGACCUUUCCUUUAGGUCAUAUUCCUCAGAAAGUCUUUGAUCUUGCUUUGUUUUUGUUUUGUUUUUCUUAAAGAAUAUUUUUAAAGCUUAAAUUUGUAUAUUAAUUUAGGACUUUAUUUAGAAGUAUAGGCUGUCGUUGGUGGCAGCAGUAUAUUCUGAAAUGUCUCAUAGAUAUAUAUUUUUGAAUAAAGAUGGUGUUGUUGAACAA